CGACCUUCAAACAACACUCUCCGGAAGAGUGUCGUUCUCCGUUAUCUCUCUUAAUUCUUUUCAAACUCUGUCGCUGGCGACAACCCUGCUGGCAGUUCUAAUUCAUAAUUUGUGAUUCUUUCGAAAUUUUUAAUACCUAUUCAAGUCAUAAUGUCUCCCGUAGAGAAGCCAAAGUGCGGGAGCGAUACAGACGCCGCCGCGUACGAUUUUCCUCUGCACGUGGCUGCAGUGUUCAUCGUGUUCGCGGCGUCCAUCGGAGGAUGUGGAUUCCCAGUCGUCGCAAAGAAGGUCAAGUGGAUGAAGAUUCCGCCGAAGGUUUUCUUCUUCUGCAAGCAUUUCGGUACCGGUGUCCUGAUUGCUACUGCCUUUGUUCAUCUUCUCCCCACAGCUUUCCAGUCUCUCAACAAUCCAUGUCUUCCCGACCUCUUCACGGACAAAUACCCUGCUCUUCCCGGUGUCAUCAUGAUGGGUUCGCUUUUUAUCCUGUUCACGGUGGAGAUGUGGUUGAAUGCAAAGACUGGUGGCCACUCACAUGGAAGCGCAACUGGCGAUGAGUUCAACGGAGGUGCUGCACCUCGAGGCAUCCAGGCUGCAAUGAACAAUAUCACGGAGAAGAGGAACAGCUACGACUCACAGAAGACCAUGCUCACGAUUCGCGAUGACAAGAAGGGCUGGGUCGACAAUACAUACCCGGCCCAAAACUUCACCUUCCCCAAGGAGCACGAUGAGAUUGAGCCGCGAUCCGAGAUGCCACCAUGGUUCAUUGUCUUUUACGAGCAGUACGUCCGCCAGCGCGAAGAGAUGGUGAGCAUGGUCAACCGCGCGAUGCCCGCACUCCCAAGCUAUCCUCAAGAGAAGGGUCUUGAUGCGCAGGUUUCUCAUUUCGACGAGGACGUCGAGAACCAAUUCGUCGACCCUAUGGUUCUCAAGAAGCAGUCUCUCCAGAUCACCCUCAUCGAAGGCGGCAUCCUCUUUCACUCCGUUUUCGUUGGAAUGACCGUUUCCAUCACGGCAGAAGGCUUCAUCGUCCUGCUCACCGCCAUUGUGUUCCACCAGAUGUUCGAGGGUCUGGGUCUCGGAUCGCGUAUCGCAGCUGUGCCUUACCCCAACGGGAGCUGGAAGCCAUGGGCGUUGGUGGUUGCUUUUGGUACCACUGCUCCUAUCGGCCAGGCUAUCGGUCUAUUCACCCGCAGCACGUACGAUCCGAAUAGCGCCUUCGGUCUCAUCAUUGUAGGUGUGUUCAACGCCAUAUCAUCCGGUCUGCUCAUCUACGCUGCGCUUGUCGAUUUACUUGCCGAGGACUUUCUCUCUGAGGAGGCCAACCACAACCUUACCGGCAAGGACAAGACGCGUGCUUUCAUCUACGUGCUCAUGGGUGCUGCUGGUAUGGCGAUCGUAGGAGCGUUUGCCUAAGUGACCCCUGCUGCUAGGCACUAUUGACAUCUUGCGUGCCAAGGCCAGAUUUGACGACUUAUAGAGUCAACGUUGCAGUAAUUAUAGCUCAGGAUCCUUAAGGCCUUGGCAAAUCUUACCCGAGAACUGUCACCACGAACUUGCCUUUAUUUAUCAUGAUUGUGUGCUGAGAACUUUCCCACGCCUGCGUUUCUCUGCAGCUACGAUCUUUAUACGAAUAGGUGGAUAUGGACGUGGCGUUUCACGGCUAUUUCAAUUUUGGGCUAUUUGAUCCUUUCCAUUCACAAAAUGGGGCGGCCAUUCUCUCGUUAAUGUGAUCACUCUAGUAUAAUAACAUCAUGUAUUCAGUUG